AUGUCGGCACCAAAAGACGACAUCGUCGUCACCCGCGAGGACCGGACCGUACACAACAAGCCAGGAAACGAGGCAACCGAGACGACGUCGCUUCUGAGCGCGGGCGCAUCAGGCAGCGAAAACUCGUGCGAGGACACAUGGCCUGGCUACGCGGAUUUUGAGGGCUUGCCGUGGUGGAAGACGCCGUCCGUUUACUGGCUUCUCAUCCCAUAUGCCCUGUUCACGCUCGCCUUUGGAGGCUCCCUCGUGCCCAAGCUGAAUCUAAUCGUGGAUUUGGUAUGCCAGAGGCAUUUCGCAGAUCAGACCGUCCUGGACCCGGCGUUUGCGUACACGCCCGUGGUAUUAGGUGCGGACAAUCCGCAAUGCUUCAUCCCGGAAGUGAAGAAGCGCGUGUCCAUGUUCACCUUGGCCAUCAACCUGACUACCGGAAUCCUGUCCGCAAUCACGGCGCCUAAGCUGGGUCACUUGUCGGACAGGUACGGCCGCACAAAGCUACUGGCCCUGGCAUCUGUCGGCGGCGUCGUCGCCGAGCUGGCCGUCAUUCUCUGCGCCAACUUUCCCUGGACUUUUCACUACAACUGGCUACUCGUCGGUGCCGUUGGCGAUGGACUCACCGGAUCAUUCACCGCCGGCAGCGUCCUGAUCAACUCGUACACCAGCGACUGCACCCCGCCAUCCAAACGCGGCGUGCGCAUCGGAUAUCUUCACGCUUGCCUCUUCACCGGUCUGGCCUUCGGACCGCUCCUGGCCGGCUACUUUGUCACAUGGACGGGCAGCUUGCUCUCGGUGUUUUACGUCACGAUGUGCUGCCACAUUGCCUUCAUCAUCUUUGUCGGCCUCGUCGUGCCCGAGUCCCUCAGCACCAAGCGCCAGCUGCGCGCUCGUGAAAAGCACGACAGGGAGCAGGAGGUUCUGGCUGACGACAAGUCGAAGUGGGCAUACAUCAAAGCAAACAACCCCCUGGCGCCGCUAAGGGUGCUCUAUCCCAAGGGUCCUGGCGCGUCGUCUAGAUUGCGAUUGAACCUGCUCGCCCUCUCGUUCACAGACAUGAUCCUCCUCGGUGCGGCUAUGAGCGUCGGCACGGUUCUUCUGCUGUACUCGGAGUCUCCCGAGACAUGGGGCUGGGGCACCUUGGAAAGCUCGCGCUUCAUCUCGGCCAUUUCGUUGGUUCGUGUUCUCGCGCUGCUUGUCGUCUUGCCGUUCAUCAACUACGUCUUCCGCGUCCGACCUGCCGCGUACCGUCGGAGGGUCUCGGGCGUGUCGAUUGUGGAGUCCAACAACGGCGCCGAUGUCGUCGACACCUGGAUCCUCCGGUUCGCAUUGUUGUCCGACGUCACCGGCUCCCUGGGAUACCUGUUUGCGAGGUCCGAGGCGGUCUUUGUGGUGUCGGGCAUGGUCACCGCCUUUGGCGGUCUCGGUAGCGCCACGAUCCAGGCCGCCAUCACGAAGCACGUCCCCGCCGACCAGGUCGGGCAGCUGCUCGGCGCGAUUGGCGUUUUGCACUCGCUGUCGAGGGUCCUCGGUCCCAUUGCGUUCAACACGCUGUAUUACUCGACGGUUGGCACGUUCGACCAGGCCAUCUUCGUGCUCCUCUCGGCCCUAUUCGGGUUGGCGCUGGUGGCCAGCUUCAUGGUCAAGCCGCAUGUUUUCCUCGAGGAUACAUAUGAGCCGGUCAGCACCUCGCCGGAACCCAACACGAGCACCGAGACUCUUGCCGAAGCAGCGCUGGAGGAUGAGUUGAUACCCAACAACUGA